UUGGUGUCUGUGUUGCCUUCGCCGAUCCCGCCGGAAACGCACUUUGGGAGGAAAGAAGAGAAAAAUGAAGACAGGACGUUUUGAAAUGAUCACCAUGGUGCUGGCAGCUAUGAUUCUAAUGGACAUCUUCCAGGUGAAGGCUGAAAUGUUAGAUAUGGCAGAUAAUGCAUUUGAUGAUGAAUACCUGAAAUGUACUGACAGGAUGGAAAUCAAAUAUGUCCCCCAACUGCUCAAGGAGGAAAAAGCAAGCCAUCAGCUCCUGGAGGAUGUGUGGGACAAUGCAAAAGCCAAAUGGGAAGCCCGGAAGACUCAGCUCUUUCUUCCUGUGAGUUUUAAGGAUAACCAUGGAAUAGCACUGAUGGCAUAUAUUUCUGAAGCUCAAGAGCAAACUCACUUUCACCAUCUGUUCAGUGAAGCUGUGAAGAUGGCUGGCCAGUCUCGAAAAGAUUAUAUCUAUGGCUUCCAGUUCAAAGCUUUUCAUUUUUACCUGACAAAAGCCCUGCAGUUGCUGAGAAGACCUUGUGAGGACAGUUACAAAAAUGUGGUGUAUAGCAGAAGCCAAGGUGCUUCAUUUACAUUUGGAGAGCCAAACCAAGCCAGAUUCGGCCUAUUCACCUUGGCGUAUUCGGCCAAACCUCAAGCUACUAAUGAUCAACACAUUCUGUUAACCAUCCACACAUGCUUUGGAGUUGCUGUUGAGAAAUUUUUCGAUAAAGAAAGUGAAACAAUUAUCUUAAUACCUCUGAAUGAGGUUUUUCAUGUGUCACAGGAUGGGGCUGGCAGUAAUCUUAUCCUUCAAAGCAUAAACAAGACAUGCAGCCAUUACGAAUGUGCGUUUCUAGGUGGACUGAAAACUGCAAAUUGUGUUGAAAACAGGGAAUAUUUUCAACCCAUCUAUGUCUACAACUCUGAUGAGGAAAACCAGAAGCUUGAAGACCCUGGAAUGAAAAGCCAGGAGUCCACUCUCUUACCUGAAAUGAAGAGCCAUGAACCUACCGAAAUACCUGGAAUGAAAAUCCGAGACCCUUUUUCACUACCUGGAAUAAAAGUGGUACAACCGGAUGAAAAACCUGAAGACAAAAGUCAAGAAGAUAUCGACAAUCCUACACCAGGUCCAGUUCCGGCUCCAGUUCCAGGUCCCAAAACUCAUCCUUCUGCAUCCUCUAGCAAAAUGCUCCUUCCACCAUUUGGGAUAGUCAUCAUUUUAAUCAGUGCUUCUGCUGUAAACCUCUUUGUUGCUCUAUAGUCUGAUACAUUCUUUGUUACUUGAAAUACACUACAGGGAUCCCGUAGGAAUUGUCAAAAGGAAUGAUGUAUUUUUCACUUGUUGGCCAAUGCCACUUCAUGAAAUGAGAACUACAUAUUUAUUACUGACUUUGCAAAUUCAGAAAAUUGGUCCAGAUAUGUCAUAGAAUUCAUUUUUCACUUAUUUCUAUCUUAUGAUUGCAAAAAACUAUACUUCUCUUUGAAUUCAA